UUAAGGCUUAGGCACGUACGCAGGUUACCUGAUAUGUUUACGGACACGGGUAUUUCCGAACCUUUUGUGUAUUGAACCUCUGACCUUUGUAUUGGCGGAUGACGUAAUGUUGACACAAGCAGUGUGAAACCUGUGCCUGUUGAAGUCGGACGCAUAAAGCUAGUACGGAGACCGUGAAGACAAGGAGUUUUUGGGACAUUUUGUGGCAGAAAGUCGCCAUGUUGCGGGUGUGUGAGAAACUCCGUGAGGCGGACGAGAAGGGCAGGAGGUACGGACUAGCCCGGGCGGAGACAGGCUACCUCCGUGCCCUGGUGGACGCCAUGGCCGACACGGACAGGCUGGCGGAAGUGGAGCUGCUCAAAACUCUGGGCGACGUGAACGUGGAGAAGGGAAGACUCGGCAAGGACGUGGGGAAGUUCAACGCAGCCUUGGCGCUUUACAUUGCUGCUAUGGUGCGGUGUUACCAUGAAGAACAGGCAGAUGGUAUAGAACACCGCUACAACUACACAGAGAGGCUUUUACAAGGGGUGUCGUCACAGGGUAAGGAACACCCAACUGAAGACAAGGAGACGACUACACCUGCAAAGGUGGCGGCAAAGUUUCAUGCAUUGGACAAGAGACGGGCUACCGGAGGUAACACAGACUCUUUGCUGGUUGGAUACGCACAGGUGAUGGUAGAGGCAAUAGUAAACGACAACAGCAUGUUAGAAACAGAAGCGAUCAAGAGUCUGGGUGACGUGUACCUGAAAAGAGGAACAGAAACUGGAGACACUAGAGACUUGACCAGAGCUACUGCUCUGUACAACAGGGCACUGGCGCGGUGUCACAACGUUCAUGGAACAGUUGUCAUUGUUCACCGAUUACUGCACACCGCAAAAAUCAGGCAUGACAUCAACACAACAAGGAACAUGAGGGCAACACGUACGCAAAAACAACAAGACGCGAGAGGACGGAAGGGCCACUUCUCUCCCUUCUCAGCUGCGCCCUCUAGCGACGGAACCGCCAGUCAAGUUGACGAUGACUUAUCCUACCGCAGGUACAUCCAGACGGCAGACCGUGACGUGGGAAAUGGAGACCUGGACGCAGCAGAGCAGAACCUAGCAGCCGCCCUGAAACUGGUUCACGAUCGCAGUAAACCGAACAAGGCCAAAGAAGCCGACUGUCUGUGCAGGUUGGGUGACGUCUACGUCGAGCGAGGUAAGCGGACAGGAGAAGGUAGGAAAUUCACACAGGCGGCAGCUCUGUAUAACGCCUCCAUGGCCAGAACAGAUCUAGAUGGUGCACGUGACCAACAAAACAUGGUAACGAAACUGCAAGAAACAGAAAGGCAAUUUCUUAGAAACACCUGUAACCUUGACUGUGAACCGUGCCCGUAUAGCAGCGCGUUAGAUCACAGAAAUGAACUGGGCAACUUGCGCGCCCGUGCAAAAUCUCAGCUCGAAACAAUUCAUCAGGAACACAACCCUUAUCAGUAUGAUGAAGACGAUCCCGUCGUGAGAGAGGUAGAGAUCAAACGAGCUGAAGCAAUCAAGAACUUGUUCAAGAGCAUCACAGUUGAAAGACGAGAGUUUAUCCAAGUACUGACAGAUGAAUGCAUCGCCAAACUGGGACCUCCUCCCUGUAACUACGCUUUCAUCGGGCUGGGGUCACAGGCCACAGAACUGGUGACGCCGUACUCCGACCUGGAGUUCUCAAUUCUGACUGAGGAGGGGAAGGAUGAUGAUGAUACACGGAGAACCUACCGCAGGUACAUCCAGACGGCAGACCGCGACUUGGGAAAUGGAGAACUGGACGCAGCAGAGGCGAACCUAGCAGCCGCCUUGAAGCUUGUUCACGAUCGCAGUAAACCCAACAAGGCUAAAGAAGCCGACUGUCUGUGCAGGUUGGGUGACGUCUACGUCGAGCGAGGUAAGCGGACAGGAGAAGGUAGGAAAUUCACACAGGCGGCAGCUCUGUAUAACGCCUCCAUGGCAAGAACAGAUGGAGACAAACAAAACAUGGUAUCAAAACUGCAAGAAACAGAAAGGCAGUUUCUUAGAAACACCUGUAACCUUGACUGUGAACCGUGUCCGUAUAGCAGCGCGUUAGAUCACAGAAAGGAACUGGACAACUCGCGCGUCCGUGCAAAAUCUCAGCUCGAAACAAUUCAUCAGGAACACAACCCUUAUCAGUAUGAUGAAGACGAUCCCGUCGUGAGAGAGGUAGAGAUCAAACGAGCUGAAGCAAUCAAGAACUUGUUCAAGAGUAUCACAGUUGAAAGACGAGAGUUUAUCCAAGUACUGACAGAUGAAUGCAUUGCCAAACUGGGACCUCCUCCCUGUAAGUACGCUUUCAUGGGCAUGGGGUCACAGGCCACAGAACUGGUGACGCCGUACUCCGACCUGGAGUUCGCCAUUCUGAUUGAGGAGGGGAAGGAUUAUGAUGAUACACGGAGGUACUUCCUAAAUCUCACACACUACUUACAUCUAAAAGUCAUCAACCUUGGGGAAACCAUCCUCCCAGCCAUGGCCAUCCCGUCACUCAACGACUUUCUCUCAGAAGACCCAGAGAAAGACUGGUUCUACGACUCCGUCACACCUCGUGGCUUCGCCUUCGAUGGCUUCAUGCCAUGGGCCUCUAAGACUCCGUUUGGAAGAGACCAAACCAAAAGCAAACCUCCCGUUAGUCUCAUCCAGACUCCUGCCAAGUUGGCCGAAUAUCAGCAUCUGCACAUCGCCCUGGCGGAAGGCUAUCACCUGUCAGACAUCCUCAGACGGGUGACCUACUUAACAGGAGAUGAGUCUUUGGUAGAUAAGUACACACGCAUUGUCAACAAAAGUGUAGACCGUUCUCCUGUUCUAUCACGGUUGUCAGCAAUGCUAAUACUAAAGGAUAACUUUCAAGAAAUAAAAAACGUUGAACCAACCGACCAACUUCUGAAUGUGAAGAAGGAAAUUUACCGUUUUCCUAGCGUGGCCGUUGAAGUGUUGAGUAUUUGCUUUGGUAUCACGAUCCCCAGUGUGUGGGGAAUGAUAGAAGAGUUACACAAGACACAGCGGAUCAGUGACGAAGAUGCCCACCACUUGACUGUACUGAUCAGCAUCUCAGCGGAGCUACGGUUAAGAACGUACAUUGCAAACGGAGGACAGAAGGACAGACUGUCUCCUCUCCCGAAGAUGAAAGUCCAGCUGGACAAACAUGACGUAGAUGACACAAUCGUUGAGUCAGUUUUCCACAUACCAGACUCUAAAAUGUUGUUCAGGUACUACUAUACAGCCAUCCCAUUUAAAAAAUGCAUUGUGGAUACAAUUACAAAGGUAAGUCCAACGAUAAAGAUAUUCCAAACGGCUGUCUUUGACAACUCAUCUCUAACCAGGGGUCGAAUAGCACAAGAGCUGUGUGAUCACGGGAAAGCUAUCAGUUAUUACGAACAGUCACUGAAGAUGAUGAAAGCUAUCUAUGGUGAAACAACGCCACAUCCCGAUAUUGCUCAAUCACUAGACAACAUUGGGAACUGUUGGAAUGACCUUGGUGAUCAGAGAAAAGCUAUCAAUUAUAAUGAACAGUCUCUGAAGAUGAGGAAAGCUAUCUAUGGCGAAACAACGCCACAUCCCGACAUUGCUAAAUCACUAAACAACAUUGGGAACUGUUUGAGGAGCCUUGGUGACCUGAGGAAAGCUCUCAGUUAUCACGAACAGUCACUGAAGAUGAGGAAAGCUAUCUAUGGCGAAACAACGCCACAUCCCCACAUUGCUGGAUCACUAAACAACAUUGGGGCAUGCUGGAGUGAACUUGGUGACCUGAGGAAAGCUGUCAUUUAUCACGAACAGUCACUGAAGAUGAAGAAAGCUAUCUAUGGUGAAACAACACCACAUCCCGACAUUGCUUCAUCACUACAGAACAUCGGGUACUGUUGGAGUGGCCUUGGUGAUCAGAGAAAAGCUAUCAGUUAUUAUGAACAGUCACUUAAGAUGAGGAAAGCUAUCUAUGGCAAACGAACGCCACAUCCCGACAUUGCUAAAUCACUAAACAACAUUGGGGUAUGUUGGAGGGGCCUUGGUGACCUGAGGAAUGCUGUCAGUUAUCACGAACAGUCACUGAAGAUGAGGAAAGCUAUCUAUGGUGAAACAACGCCACAUCCCGGCAUUGCUGGAUCACUAAACAACAUUGGGGUAUGCUGGAGUGACCUUGGUGACCUGAGGAAAGCUGUCAGGUAUUACGAACAGUCACUAAAGAUGAAGAAAGCUAUCUAUGGUGAAACAACACCACAUCCCGACAUUGCUUCAUCACUAAACAACAUCGGGUACUGUUGGAGUGGCCUUGGUGAUCAGAGAAAAGCUAUCAGUUAUCAUGAAUGGUCACUAAAGAUGAGGAAAGCUAUCUAUGGCGAAACAACGCCACAUCCCGACGUUGCUGAAUCACUAAACAACAUUGGAACGUGUUGGAAUGACCUUGGUGACCAGCGAAAAGCUAUCGAUUAUAAUGAACAGUCACUAAAGAUGAAGAAAAUAAUGUAUGGUGACACAACACCACAUCCUGAUAUUGCGUCAUCACUAAACAACAUUGGGGCAUGCUGGAGUGACCUUGGUGAUCAGAGAAAAGCUAUCAUUUAUUAUGAACAGUCACUGAAGAUGAUGAAAGCUAUCUAUGGCGAAACAACGCCACAUCCCCACAUUGCGUCAUCACUAAACAACAUUGGGGCAUGCUGGAGUGACCUUGGUGAUAAGGAGAAAGCUACCAGUUAUCACGAACAGUCCCUGAAGAUGAGGAAAGCUAUCUAUGGCGAAACAACGCCACAUCCCGACGUUGCUGAAUCACUAAACAACAUUGGCGCAUGUUGGAGUGACCUUGGUGAUCAGAGGAAAGCUAUCACUUAUUACGAACAGUCACUGAAGAUGGAGAAAGCUAUCUAUGGUGAAACAAUGCCACAUCCCGACAUUGCUUUAUCACUACACAACAUUGGGACAUGUUGGCACAAACUCGUUGAUCACAGAAAAGCCCUGACGUAUUACGAACAAUCUUUGAAUAUGAUGAAACUUUUCUAUGGGGACAACCCAGCACAUCCCAAAAUAGCAAAAGCACUGAACGACAUUCGGUCAUGUAAAAGUGCCCUCCGCGAGUAGAGUAAAGCCCAGAAAGUCAGCAUGUUGCGGGUGUGUGAGAAACUCCGUGAGGCGGACGAGAAGGGCAGGAGGUACGGACUAGCCCGGGCGGAGACAGGCUACCUCCGUGCCCUGGUGGACGCCAUGGCCGACACGGACAGGCUGGCUGAAGUGGAGCUGCUCAAAACUCUGGGCGACGUGAACGUGGAGAAGGGAAGACUCGGGAAGGAGGUGGGGAAGUUCAACACAGCCUUGGCGCUUUACAUUGCUGCUAUGGUGCGGUGUUACCAUGAAGAACAGGCAGAUGGUAUAGAACACCGCUACUACUACACAGAGAGGCUUUUACAAGGGCUGUCGUCACAGGGUAAAGAACAGCCAACUGAAGACAAGGAGACGACUACACCAGCAAAGGUAGCGGCAAAGUUCCAAGAUCUGGACAAGAGACUGGCUACCGGAGGAAACACAGACCCUUUGCUGGUUGGAUACGCACAGGUUAUGGUAGAGGCGAUAGUAAAAGACGACAGCAUGUUAGAAUCAGAAGCGAUCAAGAGUCUGGGUGACGUGUACCUGAAAAGAGGAACAGAAACUGGAGACACUAGAAACUUGACCAGAGCUACUGCUCUGUACAACAGGGCACUGGCGCGGUGUCACAACGUUCAUGGAACAGUUGUCAUUGUUCACCGCUUACUGCACACUGCAAAAAUCAGGCAAGACACCACCAAACCAAGAAACAAGUGGACAACACGUACGCAACGGCAACACGACGUGGGGGGACGGAAGGGCCACGUCUCAGCUGCGCCAUCUAGCGACGACGUUAAUAACGCAAUGCGCAGUCUACAUAUGUACAUCCAGACGGCAGACCGUGACGUGAGAAAUGGAGACCUGGACGCAGCAGAGCAGAACCUGGCAGCCGCCCUGAAGCUGGUUCACGAUCGCAUUAAGCCCAACAAGGCAAAGGAAGCCGACUGUCUGUGCAGGUUGGGGGACGUCUACAUCGAGCGAGGCAAGCGGACAGGAGAAGGUAGGAAAUUCACACAGGCGGCAGCUCUGUAUAACGCCUCGAUGGCACGGUCAAAUGGAGACAAACAAAACAUGGUACCAAGACUGCAAGAAACAGAAAGGCAGUUUCUUAGAAACACCUGUAAACUUAACUGUGAACCGUGUCCGUAUAGCAGCGCGUUAGAUCACAGAAAGGAACUGGACAACUUGCGCGCACGUGCAAAAUCUCAGCUCGAAACAAUUCAUCAGGAACACAACCCUUAUCAGUAUGAUGAAGACGAUCCCGUCGUGAGAGAGGUAGAGAUCAAACGAGCUGAAGCAAUCAAGAACUUGUUCAAGAGUAUCACAGUUGAAAGACAAGAGUUUAUCCAAGUACUGACGGAUGAAUGCAUCGCCAAACUCGGACCUCCUCACUGUAAGUACGCUUUCAUGGGGUUGGGUUCACAGGCCACAGAACUGGUGACGCCGUACUCCGACCUGGAGUUCGCCAUUCUGAUUGAGGAGGGGAAGGGUGAUGAUGAUACACUGAGGUAUUUCCUAAAUCUCACACACUACUUACAUCUAAAAGUCAUCAACCUUGGGGAAACCAUUCUCCCAGCCAUGGCCAUCCCGUCACUCAACGACUUUCUCUCAGAAGACCCAGAGAAAGACUGGUUCUACGACUCCAUCACACCUCGCGGCUUCGCCUUCGAUGGCUUCAUGCCAUGGGCUUCUAAGACUCCGUUUGGAAGAGACCAAACCAAAAACAAACCUCCAGUUGGUCUCAUCCAGACUCCUGCCAAGUUGGCCGAAUAUCAGCAUCUGGAAAUCGCGCUGGCGGAAGGCUAUCACCUGUCAGACAUCCUCAGACGGGUGACCUACUUAACAGGGGACGAGUCUUUGGUGGAUGAGUAUACAAGCAUUGUCAACAAAAGCGUAGACCGUUCCCCUGUUCUUUCACGGUUGUCAGCAAUGCUGAUACUGAAGGAUAACAUUCGGGAAAUAAAAAACGUUGAACCAACCGGACAGCUUCUGGACGUGAAGAAAGAAAUCUACCGUUUUCCCAGCGUGGCCGUUGAUGUGUUGAGUAUUUGUUGCGGCGUUACGAUCCCCAGUGUGUGGGGAAUGAUAGAAGAGUUACACAAGACACAGCGGAUCAGUGACGAAGAUGCCCACCACUUGACUGUACUGAUCAGCAUCUCAGCGGAGCUACGGUUAAGAACGUAUAUUGCCAACGGAGGACAGAAGGACAGACUGUCUCCUCUCACGGAGAUGAAAGUCCAGCUGGACAAACAUGACAUAGAUGACACGGUCGUUGAGACAGUUUUUCACAUACCAGACUCAAAAAUGUUGUUCAGGUACUACUAUACUGCCAUUCCAUUAAAAAUGCGUAUUAUGGAUACAAUUCAAAAGGAAAAUCAAACCAAAAAUAUAUUCAAAACAUCCAUCUUUGACAACUCAUCUCAAACCAGAGGUCGAAUAACACAAGAGUUGUUGCAGUUAGAUGCAUCCGUACGUUACUUUGAGGCAGCACUGAAAGAGGCGGGUGGUGACGAGGAAAAAAAGUUUGACAUACUAAACAACAUUGGGACAUGUUGGAGUGACCUUGGUGAUCAGAGGAAAGCUAUCAGUUAUCACGAACAGUCGCUGAAGAUGAGGAAAGCUAUCUAUGGGGAAACAACGCCACAUCCCGAAAUUGCUUCAUCACUAAACAACAUUGGGUCCUGCUGGGGCAACGUUGGUGACCAGAGGAAAGCUAUCAGUUAUCACGAACAGUCACUGAAGAUGAAGAAAGCUAUCUAUGGCGAAACAACGCCACACCCCGACAUUGCUUCAUCACUUUCUAACAUUGGGGUAUGUUGGAAACAACUCGGUGACCACAGUAAAGCCAUGAAGUAUUACCAACAGUCUUUGAAUAUGAUGAAAGUUAUCUACGGGGACAAAUCUGCACAUCCCAACAUGGCAAAAGUACUGAACAACAUUAGAUUAUGCAGAAAUGCCCUCCAACAGUAG